CUGGCAUUAGCCUCUGGAUCCCCAUUUGAUCCAACAUUGGAUGUAGACUGGAACAAUUGGAAAUCAUUUCAUAAUAAACAGUACAAAGAGCAUGAGAAGAACGAUAGAAGACUGGUUUGGGAAGACAAUAUGAGAUACAUUGAGCAACAUAACCUGGAGCACUCGAUGGGGAAACACACCUUUACUGUGGGAAUGAACCAGUUUGGAGAUCUGACCUUUGGUGAAUUUAGGCAGCUUUUGUCUGCAUCCAGCAUAAACAAAGCCGAGAAGUCAAAUUCCAAACUGUUUACAGCACAGCAGAACAUCCAGCUUCCUCUGGCUGUUGACUGGCGUCCCAAAGGUUAUGUUACUCCAGUGAAGGACCAGGGGCAAUGUGGAUCAUGCUGGGCUUUCAGUACUACAGGCGUACUUGAAGGGCAAGUCUUUAAUAAAACAGGAAAGCUCAUUUCCCUGAGUGAGCAGUACCUGAUGGAUUGUAGCAGAGCUGUGGGAAAUGCAGGUUGUAAUGGUGGAUCUGUCCUGGCAGGUUUCCUAUUCAUAAAAGAAAAGGGCAUCACUUCUGAGCAGUCCUAUCCAUACACUGCCAAGGAUGGCAAUUGUAUGUUCAACCAGAGCUGUAUUGUUGCUACUUGCAAAGGCGUGAAGCGGAUUCCAUCAGGCUCGGAAGUGGAUUUAGCUGCAGCGGUGGCCACAGUUGGACCGAUAUCUGUUGGUAUAGAUGCCGAGCAUAGAUCUUUCAUGUUGUACAAAUCAGGAAUAUUUUAUGAACCUCACUGCAGUACAGACAAUUUGGAUCAUGGGAUCUUGGUCGUUGGAUAUGGAGUUGAAAAUCAGAAACCAUUUUGGAUUGUUAAAAACAGUUGGGGAGCAAGUUGGGGCAACAGAGGAUACGUUCACAUGGCUAAGGACAUGAAUAACAACUGUGGAAUUGCUUCUAAUGCAGUUUACCCCGAGGUUUGA